AUGAGCUCUCAAGGCAUGACUCGCAAGAGGCCUGCCCCUGGCACAACCCCCGCGACUCACUCCCAGCUGGGCACAGUCUCGAACUUCCAGACCCCGAAUCCCAACUCCCAACUUUCCAACGAUCAGUUUCUACAAUGGGGCCAGAAUCCCUCCGCAAAUGCCAUCAAUACCUCCUUUGUCGACCCUUCCUCCUACAAUUCCGCUGCAUAUGCGUCAAACCAAGAUUUGUCCGAUGCAGCUGCGUCGACCUCCAAUCAGUUGACGCGCCGACAGCAGCCAAACCAGCUGGUUAGCCGAAACCGUGGUUACGAGCAAGCGCCUGUGGCGUACUCCGACAACAGCGCGGGUGCAGGCACUGGAGAGGGCGCAUGGGGCGAAUCGAUUGAUGAACUUUACAACCGGGCUCGUGCCGCCAAGAGAGAGGCGCAAUCGAAGAGGAAGCAGAUCCCUCCGUUUGUACAGAAGCUGAGCAGUUUCCUUGACGAAUCUAAAAACACCGAGCUGAUUCGAUGGUCUGAUGAUGGCAAUUCGUUCAUUGUUUUAGACGAGGAUGAGUUUGCCAGGACCUUGAUCCCAGAGCUCUUCAAGCACAAUAACUAUGCGUCUUUUGUGCGUCAACUUAACAUGUAUGGUUUUCACAAGAAGGUGGGGCUGUCGGACAACUCGAUGCGUGCCAGUGAGCGUAAGAACAAGAGUCCCUCCGAAUACGCCAACCCUUACUUCAAACGAGGCCAUCCAGAGUUGCUUUGGUUGAUUUCAAAACCAAAGAAUGCCACCGGCCAUGCGAGCAAAGGAAGCAAGGGCGGUGCGCGUGUGAAGACUGAAGAUGCAGAUGAGAAUGAUUUAGAGGAAUAUGCCGAAGAGGGCGGAUCUGGCUCUCGCGACGACCGUGCACGACCCCGGCAGCUGUCCCUUCUCACAGACAGUGCCAUGCCCAAUGACCAACUUUCUGGGGUGUAUCGAGAAUUGCAGGCAAUUCGCCAGCAGCAAUCGAUCAUCUCGAGUACCAUUACCAGAUUGCGCAAAGAGCAUGAGCAGCUCUACGCUCAGGCCGCCAACUUUCAGGAGCAACACACUCGGCAUGAGAACUCGAUCAACGCCAUUCUCACAUUUCUGGCAACAGUCUACAACCGCAGUUUGCAAGGCCAGGAUGGAACACAGAACAUUGCCAACUCAUUUGCCGGAGCUAUCUCGGCUGAUCACCAGGGCAAUAUCGUUGACGUGGGUGAUGACUUUUCCUUCAACCCACUGGCCUCGAUGGCCAGUCCAACUGGACAACGUACAAUGAAGAAACAACAAUUGCUGCUCAAAGCACCGCCUAUUGCGAAUGGGGCUAACCGGGCAACCACUCUCUCGCCUGCUGCUAGUGGGUCUUACGACACCCGAUCUCGUGGUCAUACUCGUCAGUCAAGUGCUGCACAGUCUGGGCAUGUGGAAGAGGUUCUCGACAGCAGCCCAAGACACAAUUCUAUAGGUGUUUCUUCCGGGCAGCAAACAGACGAGAACUUCCCGCAGCAGGAUAUCAUGUCCGUUAUCCAGGAUUCGAAUGCGCGCAACGGCACCCCAACCAGCUUCUCUGAAUUCCCCAAUGUCCUUUCUUCGCUCGAAACCUCCGGAGGCAACGUUCCUCUUACCCCUGGCCAGCGUGCCCACAUGCUUCGGCUCAUGGCCAACGAAACCGGAGAUCAUGAGGGCGCGGCCGCGUCGAACAGUGCUCUCAUCACGCCAACCCCUCCGCCAAUGCCGCAUAACUACUCAGGUCGCCUUGCCAAUACUCGACAGGAGAUUGACAAUCUGGUGAAAAUGCAAGCCGAGCAGGACCGCUCCGUCCAGAACUUGACCAACCUCCUCCAACCACUAAGCCCGACCGGCGCCAUCCCCGGCUUGGACAGUGAAGGGAACGUACCACCUCCGCCCCUUGACCUCGACCAGAUUUUUAACAACGAGUACUUUACCGAUCUGGCGGACGUGGGCCACGACCAAAAGCUUGACGCUGCUGGCCAUGACUCCGCAGCCGGUGCCAUUACACACGAUAACAUUGGUACUACCCACUCGGAUGACGGUGACACCAAUAAUUUUCUUAAUUUCGACCACCUCCCCGACGACGGCGAACUCUUCAAAGGACCGGGUCAAUACCCCUAUGGCUUCGACGGCACCGGUUACGGUGCGGACUCGGGAGCUGGAAACCUUGACUCUGGCCGGGUCGUCGAACAGCUGACGGAUAGUGACACUACGAGCCCUGCAGCUGUGGAUGACCAUCUUGGCGGACCCCAGGAUGGUGGUAGCGCUAAGCGGCGCAAGAAGGCGUGA